AUGUCUGGUAUCAAGGUCGGCGACUCUUUCCCCGAAGGUGUCAAGUUCACCUACGUCCAGCCCUCAGGCGACGACAUUACUUCUUGUGGCAUUCCCGGACCUUAUGAUGCCAGCGCUGAAUUCAAGAAGAAGAAGGUCGUUCUCGUGUCUGUUCCCGGCGCCUUCACUCCCACUUGCCAGCUUUCUCACCUGCCUUCGUACAUCAACAACCGCGAGGCUCUCAAGGCCAAGGGUGUCGACCAGGUCAUCGUAAUCGCCUACAACGAUGCCUUUGUCAUGUCAGCAUGGGGCAAGGCCAACAACGUCAAGGACGACUUCAUUAUCUUCGCCUCUGACGAUAGCUUCAGCAAGUCAAUUGGCUGGACGUUGGGUGAGCGUACUGCUCGAUAUGCCAUUGCUGUUGACCAUGGAAAGGUCAUCUAUGCGGAUAAGGAGGACGGGAAGGGCAUUGACAAGUCUGGUGCUGAUGCUGUUUUGCCAAAGCUGUAA